ACCCGUUGCACCAUGACGCCUCGCACGCGAACCAGCAAUCAAGAAGUCGAUUUCAAAGUGUAUUACUCGAAGAAAGUACCGCAGCAAAUACACUUUCCGCAUAAGAGUAAGACGGUGCGUCGCCGCUCUGCACCCGUACGCGAUGACCAGGAGAAGCGGCAAAUGGUGUUUCUGCCAGAUAAUAUGAGGAGGCAGACAAUAGGCGUUGUUAGUGACUCGGAUGAUGACGGCGGGAAUGUUGACACGGAUAUAGAGGAGCAUGCGGAGGGGAAAACUACGGACAAGUCGAAGCAGAAAGGCAGGAAGCGAGAUACCAGCAUCAUGCAUGACGAGCAAGAUAGCGAACACGACGAUUCUAUUCCACAUGAACCCAAGCGUCAAUGCAAAAUUGCGUCGUCAAAGAACCAUCAUCGUACACGGCGCGUUCAGGGCACAUCUGACAAUGAGGCGAACAAGAUGGAUGGAGAGCGCGCACUGAGAAGGCAGUCAACCAUGACGCAAUUGGUAGACGGGCGAAAACCUCUGCUGGGCGUUGAAGAGCCUGGUUUUAAGCCUGUCAAGAAGACACCCCGAUUGAGUUGGGGAGGAAAGGGCAAAAGUGACAAGAGAAGCAAGGAUCAGAAGCAGCGGACUCUGACACAAAUGGUGCCUGGAAUGCGCUCGCUCGAGAUAAUGUCAGAUGACGAUAUGGAUGAGGCGCUUAGUAGUGUUGAAGCCGAAGAUAAAGACAGUCAUGCGUAUGGCCAUGCUGUGGCACGGCGACUCGCACAGCAAGGCCUGUACCAGACAGGGGACAAUGAUGGCGCGGAGGUGACUACUGAAAAAGUUAAGGAAGACGCAAAAUCAUUAUUGAUUGAAGAAAACGUGCAUCAGUUUAUGGCAGAUUCACAAGACGUAACCGGGUCUGUAUUGCAAUCAGUAGAAGGUGACUGUAACGACAGUUACAAGCCAACACAAUUCAUUGAGGCUCCUUCCAGAAGGUCAGGCAGAGUGACCCGACGGAAUACGGUGGCACAGGCCCCAAAAGUAGGAGAAGCCUCAUCUGUCCCACGCAAAUCGGAGAGAUCAGCCAAGGCCCGAUUCAGUCUCCUGUCUACCCCCGAGAAGCGACGAAUUUGUGAGAUACCAUCUUCCCAAUCACCAGCAGACUCGCCGCUGUCUACCCAGUUCACGCCUCACAAGCUGAAUCAGUCGCCGCUAAAGCAAUGCGCGACAAACUUUAGCAACAAUGCUGUAGAAACCCCGUCAAAGCGGAAGCAAGUGAGUUUCGAAAUGCCGUCUAAGACUCCCAUACCUCCACCAAAACUGAGGAGAUUUGAGAGCACCAUCCAGGACUCCGAAGAUGAAGAUGACGAUGCUAUUGAAGAAGACAUGCCUCUGCCUAAACGGGCCAAGCAAGAGUUUGACGAGGACGUGGGACUUUCGGCGCUGGAUAAAAGCGUUGGUACGGACACUCAGGCUAUACUUAAUCAAAUCGAUCGCGCGUGUGCCGAGGCCAACGACACCGGUGAUACAGUCUCGCCAGAGUCAUCGCUGGAAUCAGACAGUCUUCCUGUUCUCCGAGGCUACAAAGAGCCCUCACCCGAAUUAGGAGACCUUCAUAAGCAACCGCAUAAUCAAAGCGAGUGGGCCAUUCAAAAGGAUCAUCUAGCUUACCACGAUGAGCCAACUCGGAUCAAGCAAGAGCCUGGAAGUACUGAAGCUGAGCUACCUACACAGACCAAGCAGCUUCAUUUGACACCACCGAUCCUCGAGGCAGAUGUCCAGGACACUUUCCCUUCUACUUCUAUGGCUAUGCCUGAAGAUUCUUCUGAUGAGGAGAUUUCACUUAAAAAAGAGUCAAGUCCAUCACAAUCGGACAGGCGACCUUCCCUACAGUCUAUAUCAGCCGGCAUGCAUCAAUCCAUGGACCUUGACGGCGAAUUCGUCCAGGUCCCCCGUUCCCCAUCUCCGCAGCACGAGACUCAAGAAUCCCAUUCAAGCAAGGCAGAGCAACAGCUACAGGACGAAUGGCUCUCGUACUCACAGUACGUGAAUGCACAGCCUUCCAAAUCAUCAAGCCUGCGUGUCAUACCCGACGCAUCUAACUACAACGACACGCCGCUACCACGUCUAAACACUGCACAACCGCCACUACAACAACACCAUCCAUCAGGAUACCGUCCCAGCCAAGCGACCACCGUCGAUGAGAUAACGCAGCGCACACCUCGUACCAAGCGAACCCAGAAUUUCUCAAGCACACACACUACUCCUCACCGCAUCGCUGGCUCUCAACCUGUCUUUAUUUCGCCGGGCAAGCCCCCUCCCCUCUUCAUCCCAAGUAGUUUCCCCAGCCCGGGGAAAACAGGUGCUGCAACCGAGGAGUGGAGUAGUCCUAUAGUGAGUAUGACACAAAGUGCGCAUUACAGGAGUAGCCAAUGGGCGAGUUUGGAUAAUUUUAGUAUUCCGCUUCCGCCGCCGCCGGUUGGUGAGGGAGAGGAUGAGGAGGAUGAGGAGUAGUGGGGCGGAAGGUGCUGAGGGGAACUGGUUAGAAAGGUGGCGUAGAGAAAUGAUGAAGUGACAGCGAAUGAAGUACUGACUUGGUGUAUAAUCGUGUCGUAGCUACAUUUGACGCAGGAAGAACUGAAACAUGAGUUGGUUGCCAUCAAAGACGAGUCAGAGUGGAAGUCAAAAUCUAAAGUUUCAUUUAAAAAAAAAAGACUACCAAAAAAAAUCCCACA